CCUUCCCCUGAUCAUCCCUAUAUAGUAACUGCACCCUUUUGUUACUAGUAUUUCUUGUACAAGCUUGAACAAGAAUACACACUUCUUCAUAAUUUGACCUAGUUGUAUUAUUGGAUUCAGUUCAAGAGUUUACAUGGAUAUCAUUGGCAGCCUUAAACCUCUAAAUAUCAUAAGAUCAGCUGCCGAGAAUGAGAUCACAGACAAGGAUGAGCCGCUAAGCCCCCCUGCAUUGCUGUUUCAAUCACCGCAACUGAACUGCUGUGUCAUGGCUACCAUGGGUUCAAAAACUAAGUGGGACGCUGACCGUUGUAAAAUGGGCUUGGAGAAUACGCUGGCUAAGCAUCCUCGUUUCUCCAGCUUGCUGGUGAUGGAUGAGGGAAAUAAUUAUACAAAGAUGAGGUGGAGGAAGACGAAGGUGAAUGUGGACAACCAUAUCUUUGUCCCAAAGAUAGAUCUCCCCAAGACGGAUGAUCCAACAGAAGCAGCAGACAGAUACGUCGAAGAUUACAUAUCAGAUCUUCAUAAAACAAAAAUGGACUACUCUAAGCCCUUAUGGGAGUUUCACAUUUUGAACAUACAAACAUCAGGGGCUAGCGGUGUUGUUGUUCUUAAAAUUCACCAUUCACUUGGUGAUGGCAUCUCUCUCAUGUCUAGCCUUUUGGCUUGCACUCGCCAAUCUUCGGAUCCCAAGAGGCUGCCUACUCUUCCCACGAGUACUAGAGCGAGGAGCCAUUCCAGCUCCAAAACUAAAGGGGUUUUCUGCACUUUCUGGACCAUGCUUUUGAUGGUUUUUAACACUUUUGUCGAUGUUCUGUUACUGACUGCCACUGCACUUUUUCUUAAAGACUCCGAUACUCCUAUUAAAGGCUCACCAGAGUCCGGAUCUGCUAAGAAGUGUAUGGUGCACAAGCUUAUUAAUCUAAAUGAUGUCAAGCUUGUGAAAACUGCCAUGAACACGACGAUCAACGAUGUCGUGUUUGGAGUAACGGAAGCUGGGCUUUCACGCUAUCUCAAUGGACGAUACGCAAGUAAGCAAGUUGAGAAAGCUGGAUAUCAGAUGGCUAGCAAGAUAAGGGAUUUCCUGCCCAAAGGGCUUCGUGUUAGAGCAGCCCUCUAUGUCAACUUGAGAGCGUCUGCAGGAAUUGAGGCUUUUGCAAAGAUAAUGGAAAAUGAGACGAAGCUAGAGUCGGGCAAUAAGUUCGGGUAUGUUCUCCUUCCAUUCGAGAUCGCUAUAAGAGAUGAUCCUCUAGACUAUAUUCGCCGAGCGAAAGCGACGCUUGAUCGAAAAAAGCUCUCUUUUGAGGCUGUCUGCUCCUUUGCAAUUGGCUUGUUCAUUCACAAAUUAUUUGGAACAAAGGCAGUUGCUCCAUUAAUGCACAAUAUAAUCUCGAAAACAACAGUAUCUUUCUCAAACGUGGUUGGUCCACAAGAAGAGAUCAGUCUUUAUGGUCAUCCCUUAGCUUAUGUUGCCCCUACUGUUUAUGGAGCUCCCCAAGCAUUGACAAUGCAUUGGCAGAGCUGUGGCGAUAAAAUGGUUCUGAUUCUAACCGUUCAAUCCGAUCUGAUUCCGGAUCCUCACAAGCUUUGCACAGACAUGGAGGUUUCUCUCAAUCUUAUCAAGGACACUCUCAUCAAAAGAGGACUCAUCACUGCGAAUUAAUCGCUGAAUCAAUUAAUUAUCUGAUGAUCAAGAGUACUGCUUCUGGUGUGUAAUAAAAUAAAAAGAGGGCGAGGAUGCAUGCAUGCAUGUUCACAGUACGUACUGUUGUGCAAUCAAUUAAUGUUUGUUGUGCCAUGUGAUAUGGAAACUAAAUUUCUGUUUGUGC